AUGGCAUCUCCCACCAUCAUCCUCCCUGGCGAUACCCUCCAGCUAUCCCAGCCCAAUGCUCCCAAGUUAGGACCGAACCUUCACCUGCUAUCAUCACAGAGCGAGUCUCAAGAACCCCAGCAGGCUUCGACACAAAUCAUUGCAGCCUCGCAAGCGGGGCUUCUGACGUCCGAAACGAAGCGGAACACAACAACUUCAGUUCUCCCUUUUCCUAAAACACGCUACACGCCGUGUCAGAAUGACUUGGUGAUUGCGCAAAUACAUCACUCGAGUCAGGAUUUCUUUCACUGCAUAAUAACACCAAACUCACCACAUGCAUUUCUUGGCCAACUCUCCUUUGAGGGAGCAACGAAGAAGACAAGGCCGCAACUUAAAGCUGGUGAAAUAGUUUAUGCGCGCGUUUUAUCUGUAGGGGUCGGCGCAGGCGGAGAGAUUGAAUUGGCUUGUGUUAACACUGCGACUGGGAAGGCAGAGCCUGAUGGUCUCGGGCCCCUAACAGGUGGCAUGGUGUUUGAUGUUUCCACCCUCUUUGCAUCCAGAUUAAUGAUGACUGGGGCAGAGAGGAAAGAUGGCUCCGGACCUGGUGGUGUUGUUGUUUUGGAGGAGUUGGGCAGGAAGUUUGAAGGCCAUGGUGGUUUUGAGGUCGCUGUUGGAAGGAAUGGGAAGGUUUGGGUUGAUAGUUCUGCUGAGGGGGAUGUUGGAGUUAGGAUGGUUGUUGCUAUCGGACGGUGUUUAAAAGAGACGGAUGAUAAGAGACUGGAUGUUUUGGGCCAGAAGAAGUUAGUUUUGAGAGUGCUGAAGGAGAUGGGAUUAGGUAAAUGA